AUAAAUCUAAGAAACAUUGUGAACCGGGUUUACAAGAACAUGAGUCCCAUGCCAUUGGUGAUAGGCCCGGGUGGCUUCUUUGAAGCUGCUUGGUUCACAGAAUACCUGAGCAAAACAAAAAACUCUCUCAACGCUACCACACACCACAUCUACGAUCUCGGUCCAGGGGUCGAUGAACAUCUGAUAGAAAAGAUUCUAAACCCUUCGUAUCUGGACCAAGAGGCGAUAACGUUCCGCAGCCUCAAGAACGUAAUAAAAAAAUCCUCAACCAAGGCCGUGUCAUGGGUUGGUGAGUCUGGUGGUGCCUACAACAGCGGGAGGAAUCUUGUCUCUAAUGCUUUCGUGUAUAGUUUCUGGUACUUGGACCAGCUUGGUAUGUCAUCAGUGUAUGAUACCAAAACAUAUUGUAGACAGUCUCUGAUCGGAGGAAACUAUGGGUUGCUAAAUACUACUAAUUUCACACCCAAUCCAGACUAUUACAGUGCUCUGAUCUGGCGACAACUUAUGGGAAGAAAGGCAUUGUUCACAAGUUUUUCCGGAACCAAAAAGAUACGUUCAUACACCCAUUGUGCAAGACAAUCUAAAGGGAUCACAGUUUUACUGAUGAACCUUGACAACACUACGACAGUUGUAGCGAAAGUAGAGUUAAAUAAUACUUUCAGUCUGAGACAUACAAAGCACAUGAAGUCUUAUAAAAGAGAAACUUCCCAACUUCCUUCGGAUAGUAAUGGGGAAAUCCAAAGAGAAGAGUAUCACUUGACAGCAAAGGAUGGAAACUUACAUAGUCAGACUAUGCUACUCAACGGAAAUGCUCUUCAGGUUAAUUCAAUGGGAGACUUACCUCCUAUAGAGCCGAUACAUAUAAAUUCAACGGAGCCAAUAACAAUAGCUCCACAUUCCAUAGUGUUUGUGCAUAUGCGGAGUGUUGUUGUACCUGCAUGUGCUUAGGUAGCUGCAUAUGGAACUUAAGACAGUUCCUCCAUUCAGUUAUUUGAUUAGAGAAAAAGAAACAAGUGUACCUUUCUUUCAGAAACCUAUGGGCAUUGAAAUCUGUAAGUUCAAAGUAUUUGGACCAAAUAAAAUAAGUAAAACA